GAACUAUCCUUUCCCACUCCGCAUCCUCACCAGUGCGCACGCAGCGGACUCUUUUACCAAUUUACCUGCUCGACAGAAAUCAGGUGGUGCCGAGAAAAUGAGAAGAGGUAUGCUGCUGGUGACUCUGUUCCUCAUCAUGAAACUUCGGUACAGCCAGUCCAGAUGCGAGGAACCCGGAUCACACAGAUCAACUUCAGAUCAGAGCACAGGCUUGGACAACCUCAAGCGGAACAUCCUGAAGAGGUAUAGCGAUUUGGAUUAUGACAGCUUUGUGGGACUGAUGGGCAGAAGAAAUGCCGAUGCAGACACUGUACAGUCACCCCAAAAAAGAGAAAUGCAUGAUAUUUUUGUUGGUCUUAUGGGAAGGAGAAAUUCAGAGCCUGAUAAUGGUCCCUGGAGGAGAGAGUAUCCAGAGAGGAGAGGCAUUUUUCUCAACAAGUGCAGGCUGAGGUUUCUUCAGGGGCUGUAGACAUUCAGGCUAAAACUCUUCUCAUCUGGCUACAAACCCAGAAGAUCACAGAGAACACAAACUAAAUGUCUGGUGGAAAUGACUAAACUAAUAUGAUUCACACUGUAAAACUGUCUGCUGGCUUAUGAAAGUAACCACACACUACACAGAUUGUAUUUGUUUUACCUGAAAACAAAACAUAAUUAGAAGUGAAAGCUGAACAUUUCUUUAUCAUGUUAUUCUGUUUCUUCAAAGUUCAAAAUAAACAUAAUUUUUGAUACAUAAUUUAUUCAUUUAAAACAUUGGUGCAUUUUCCUGCAACUGUUUAUGAGUGAUUCUUCAAGCUUGGCUCAGUCAUGUCCAAUCACACCUGCUACAGUGUUUAAUGCUGAGUUAUAUAAAAUGACUUGACAAGAGGAAUUCACUGGAGUUUUGUAUAAUGCUGUGUUCAUCAGCAGCUACAAUGUUCUCAAACAGAAGCACAGAGGGUUUCAAGUGCACGCCUCUACAUCAGAGCAUCUCAUAUCACUCAAAGGUAAAAAUAAAAUACAUUUUUCACAGCACAGUUGUUCUUUCUGAAAUAAAAAUAAACUAAUCAAAUCAUAUAACUGCUGGACAUGGAUUUGCAAAGAUUCAAAAAUGAAAUUAAAAGGCAAUAUGCACAACAAAGGCAAAGCCUAUUUAAAAUAAUUUUUUGUAUGAUUCAAAGUUAAAAAAAGGUAAAUAAAAUGUAUCAAAAAAGCAACACCAGAUUGCAAGAUUUAACAUCAGAAAAGAUUUAACAUCUGAAAAGAAAGAAUAUAGG